AUGGUCAAAAGGGAGCUUGGCGGCCGCGUGUGGGCGCGCACGGGGUGCAGCUUCGACGGCGCGGGCAACGGGCGGUGCCAGACGGGGGACUGCGGCGGGAAGCUACAGUGCAUGCAGUACGGGCAGGCGCCCAACACGCAGGCCGAGUUCGGGCUCAACAAGUACAUGGGCCAGGACUUCUUCGACAUCUCCCUGAUCGACGGGUUCAACGUGCCCAUGUCAUUCAUCCCCGUCCCCGGCUCCCCCGGGUGCCCCAAGGGCGGGCCGCGGUGCCCCCGGGUGAUCGCGCCGCAGUGCCCCAACGAGCUGCGGGCCGCCGGAGGGUGCAACAACGCGUGCACGGUGUUCAAGGAGGACAGGUACUGCUGCACCGGGUCGGCAGCGAACAACUGCGGGCCGACCAACUACUCGAGGUUCUUCAAGGGGCAGUGCUCCGACGCCUACAGCUACCCUAAGGACGAUGCCACCAGCAUCUUCACCUGCCCCGGCGGCACCAACUACCAGGUCAUCUUCUGCCCAUGA